CUGUCGCAUAUUAAAGGCUUUCCCUGGGCGCGUGCGUCACUACACGCUGGCUGCCGCUCCAAUUUAAUUUACAUUUGCUCUGUUGCUCGUCCGGAGAACAGCAAUGGCGUCUUUAACUCUAGAGCAGCACGUCGAUCAGCAGAUCUUUAUGCAGAAGCUGACGUCGAACGAGAAGAAGAAAAUAUUAAGGAAAUCGUCCAGUGAAAUUAAGUCCCCGAGGAGUGCAGUCGCGACAGAGAGUCGUACUGUGGGGACCGGAGCCGCAGUCUUUGGACCUUCAGCAUCCUUAAAUCAUUCUCAUCUCCCAGGACACCGCGGGGCGACCGAGAACGCAGUCCGUAUGAGUUACGUCGUUGACCAUGUUCAGGAUCCACGCAAUUCAUACGUCGUGGUGGCAGACAGCAACAAUUAUACUGGGAGUUGUUCAAAAUGCGGCGACUUGCGGGCGGUAUUGACAGUAGCGGAGGACGCGGUGCACGCAUCGCAAAAUCAGACCCGCAAAGACGGAGAGAAUGGGAACCCGAAGAAACUGAAGCGUAGCAUCGAUAAAAGUGACGGGGACACGAGUUGCGUGCAAGUUUGCAGCCUCGAGAAGAAUCCCGUUAAGGACACCAAGGCGUCCAAGUCAAACGGUUCUGCGAAUGGCCACACACAUUUCCACAGACCUGGAGGGAAGCGUUCGUCCCAGAUCACCGUGCAUCAAAAUCUAGAUUUCAGGUCCCUGAGCGACGAAAGCGGGGGGUGGCACCUCUCUAACAGGAUGCCCGUUCUAACGCAAGGCAGGUCAGGAGUCGUGAAGAUGAUGCGGAACGACCCCCCGAGGAGGGAGGCUUGGUCCAUCUUCAGCCAGGAGGACCCGAGAGUAAAGCCGGAGAAGGGAGAGGGACAUCUUUUCUCCCCCAGAUCGGUGGCACGCGACUGGUGUGAUGCGUGCAACCAUCAAGUCAGCGCCCGGGCCCUGACGUGCAAAAACUGCAGCUACACGUGUCAUCUGGAGUGUGAGCAGCUCGUGCGGCUGGACUGUAACCAGAGCAACCGACACUCGGAGGGGUCCUCGUCCCCGAGCAGCUCGAACCCUGCACCCCAGGACCAGAAUGUCACGAAAGAGGAGGCUGAGAAACCAAAGUCUCUCUCCGAAGAGGAGGUCAGGAAUAAGAUAGAAGAGUACAACUCUAAAGUGUCUGAGAAUGGAAUGAAACUGAGCCCAGACGGGACCUUUACCGGCUUCAUCAAGGUCCACCUGAAGCUACGGAGGCCUGUGACCGUACCUGUGGAGGUGCGGUCAUCAGGGGGCGUGGCUGGGGGCGGAGCCAGGGCGGGGCCUGAGGGCCCGGAUCAGAGGACUUCCUUCUACCUGCCGACAGACGCGGUCAAACAGCUGCACGUCAGCAGCAGCACCACCGUCAGCGAGGUCAUCCAGGGGCUGCUCAACAAGUUCAUGGUCCUGGACAACCCGCGCAAGUUUGCGCUGUACCGGCAGACGCACCGCGACAGCCAGGGUGAGGCGCUAGCGCUCUCUCACGGAAACCGCUGUGUGCGGCUGCUGAACGGACCGGACCCCGAACACCUCACCUUCGUCCUGAAGGAGAACGAGACCGGAGAGGUGGAGUGGCACGCCUUCUCCUUGCCCGAGCUGCAGAACUUCCUGGCCAUCCUGGGGAGGGAGGAGCGGGAGCGGGUCAAACAGGUGAAGGAGCGCUACCUGGCGUACCGCCAGCGGCUGCUGCAGGCCUUACAGGAGGCCCAGGGAAAGGGUUAGCCCCGCCCCCUGCCCCGCGCCAGCGCCACGGCACAAUCCACUCAGGACACUUUCAGCCCCUCCCCCUCUCCCCGUGGAGGCGGGGCCAUGUCACAGCAGGUGGAGACUGGGAGUGGGAGAAGGCGUGUUUUGGCACACCGGAGUCCCUCCGACCAGCGUUUCGAUGGCCGACAGAUCCAGUCACACCCUGUUUCUGAAGAAGCUGCUGCUGCCGUCGCUGCUACUGCAAGUGUUACUUAGCAUGAGUUUCCUUCUGGGCUUUUAGGAGUCCAGUGCAUGACUUUCAAGGUUCGGGGAGCCAGGGGGCGGAGAAAAACCGCCACUCACGUAACAUGCAGCUCGUAUCAUAGCAACGUGCAUAAUCCCAUCAGUCCCGGAGGGAAGUGAAUAUGUCAUAUAUCACAUCAUAGCAAUGCACCUGUAGCUCUUCAUUGUAAAAAAAAAGAAAGAAAA